AUGCCCGAAAAUUAUCUCGGGUUCAUAUCGGGAUCUACUGAUGAGCUUGGUGAUUUUGCCCCUGAACUUAAGCUAUCUUUGUUUCAGCUUGGCAUUGGUCCUCAAAUAGGAGCUUCGAUUAUUAUGCAGGUGCUUUGCCACGUCAUCCCUUCCUUAGUGAAGCUGCGGAAAGAAGGUUUAGAUGGUCAUGAGAAGAUCAAGAGUUAUAUAUGGUGGAUCUCUCUGGGAAUUGCUGUGGUGGAGGGUUUAGUUAUCUCUUCAUAUUCACUCCCUUAUUCUAUUUAUGCCGCUAGUCAUAGGGUAAAACAUGUUAUGAUUACAGCUUCGCUUCUGGUUUGUGGUGCAAUGGGUAUGAAUUGGAUUUGUGAACAAAUAACAGAGUCUGGAUUUGGUCAAGGGUCAUCUUUAAUUAUAUGUGUCAGCAUUUUGACUGGCUACACCGAAACAUUGCAUAAGAUAGAAGAUUCUCCCAUUACUGAAGUGGAGCCGUACAUUCCUUUCAACAUAAAUCCUGCUGGAAUGCAACCUGUGCUCACCACAUCUUAUCUCUUGGCAUUUCCUACCAUUGUUGCAAGUCUUAGUGGCUCGCAUUUUUGGGGAAAUUUGAGAGAUAUCCUGAAUCCAGACACACACAGUGGGGCAGCGCCUUGGAUUUACUACUCAAUUUAUGCGUUUUUUGUGUUCCUGUUUAACAUAUUUGACAUUGCAAAUAUGCCGAAGGAAAUAUCUGAUUAUUUAAAUAAGAUGGGUGCAAGAAUCCCGAAUAUAAAACCGGGACAAGCCACCAUUGAGUAUUUGACGAAGAUCCAAGCUUCAACUCGUUUUUGGGGGGGUAUAUUGCUAAGUGUUUUGGCCACUACCUCUUCUAUUCUAGAUCAUAACUUAAGGCGUAUCAAUGAGGGAUUCUCCAUAGGGUUCACAUCAAUUUUGAUCAUUGUGGGCUCAAUCAUCGAGUUGCGAAGAUCGUACCAAGCCUACAAUGUGAUGCCGAGUCUUAGUAAAGCAUUAAGGCGUAUGGACUAUAAUCAAGCAAAUACCGCGGCGGGAUGCUCGGAGGCGGGGCCGGCGGCGGCGGCGUCAUCUGGGUCGGAAUCAUCCAUGGCUGCUCUGGCCUUGGCGAGCCACGGCUUGAACGCGAGCUCAAUCGCGAGCCAGCCGCAAGCCAAGGCUCCAAAGAGAAUGGCAGCCGACUUUGCGGAGGAGGAGGAGGAGGUGGAGGUUGAGUUCGCCAUCAGUUAUCUUGGAGACGAAGAAAAAAGGUGA